ACAGACAUCUUGACGAUCAUGGGGUGUCGCCUCACUGACUCCCUGGCCCUUCCAAUGCCUGUGUUCUUGAUCCUACUGGCGAUUGCCGCCCCGACAGUCGUCUGGUCAUUCACUUACUUCCUUCCCUUGAUCUUCAUGAAGCUGCUGGGCCCUCAAGACUUGAAAAAGAAGUACAACGCUCAAUGGGCUCUCGUCACGGGGGGUUCUUCCGGCAUCGGGCGGGCCAUCGUGGAUCGAUUAGCUAUGCAGGGCUUGAAUGUCUGCGUCGUCUCCAUGGAUGACGACUUGCUCAAGAACACUGUGAAGGAGCUUCAAAGCGCUUUCCCCAAGCAGGAGUUCCGCGCCGUUGGCGUUUUAUUCGCCCCCGGCCAAGCCUACCUCCCCAAGAUUAUUUCGGCAACCAAGGAUAUCGACGUCCAGAUUAUUUUCAACAACGCGGGCUAUAUUCUCACAGGUUUCUUCGACUCGCAGCCGUUGGAGAAGCAGCUCGCCAACGUGGAAUGCAACGCCACGGCCGCCGUUGGCAUUACGCACCAUUUUCUCCAGAAGCUCAUACAGGUAUCACUGAUUUCUCCUUCUUCUUCUCGCUUUCACACCGUUUUUAUGCCCAUCAUUUUUAGUUCUGUGCAUGGCGCCAGCGUCGUUCCUCCUUUGCUUCAUCCUCGCACACACCUCCCACCUGACUUGGGGUGGACGGCCCAUAUGCCUUUUCGCGCAAUUUUCUUGUCCCAGAAAAAGUUGCCGGGCUGCAUCGUCUUCACUUCCUCGGUGUCUGGGUACAUGCCCUCGCCCUUCUCCUCCAUGUAUGGCGCCACCAAGGCGUUCCUCUCCCAGUUCGCAGCCUGUCUCGCGGUGGAAGUCAAAAGCCGAGGCAUCGACGUGAUGAGCGUGCACCCCUCUCCUGUCGCCUCCCGCUUCUACGAGAAGACGCACCAGAUGGAAAUGCUGGACAUGGUGAAAAAAACAGCCGUCGCACCCGAUGAGCUUCCCUCCCAGAUUUUCAGUGGGAUCGGACGCUGCCAUUGGUAUGACCAGGGCACCUUUGCCGUGUUGGUGCGAGCAGGAACAGCCCCCUUGGCCUACAAUGCUAUGGUUCAAGGGUUUGCGGCAAUCGCACAUUGCCUCCCGGACUUCAUCAAGUACAACAAGGAACGAUGAGGGCUACGCAGUGAAAAAAUAUGGUGAGGGAGGCCUUAAAAUAGGUUGGAAACGAAAAGGUGAAAGUUAUUUGGUCGGCGGAUAGCCUCCAAAACGUGAUAGAAAGUUUGCACCAGGAAUAGGUCUUCCAUGUAAUUUUUUUUCCCGGAAAAAAAAAUGACGACCUGAAAA